AAGAGUUUACUCCCCUCCUGGGAGUAAGUUCCCUUCAGGUAUUGAAAGGCUGCAAUGUGGGAUGCAAUGAGAUUCAUGUGGCCUUUAAGUCACACACAGAACCCAUCAGCGCUCGCCCAACGCUCUGCCUUAACAACCGUCACUUCCUUCUCCCCGCUCCACUUCCCGUACGUUGCUCUAUCUGUCCGUCGCCCCGCCCGCCCCGCACCGUUGUGUUCCGGGGGGCGAUGCUGCCCGGCGGCGCCGUUCGGCGGUACAGGGCGAUGCGGAGCUGGGGGGUGAUCGGGGGGCUGGCGGCCGCCGUGGCUGCGGGGAUCUACGUGCUAUGGGGACCCAUCGCCGAGAGGAAGAAGCGGAGGAGAGGCCUGGUGCCCGGCCUGCUGAACCUCGGCAAUACCUGCUUCAUGAAUUCCCUACUGCAAGGCCUGUCUGCCUGCCCCUCGUUCAUCAGGUGGCUGGAGGAGUUCACAGCUCAGUACAAGGCAGAACAGAAGCAGCCCAGCCAGCAGCAGUACUUGUCGCUCACUCUGCUGCAUCUCCUAAGAGCUUUAUCCUGUCAAGAGGUAACAGAAGAUGAUGUCCUGGAUGCAAGCUGCUUAUUAGAAGUGUUAAGAAUUUACAGGUGGCAGAUCUCGACAUUUGAAGAGCAGGACGCUCAUGAACUAUUUCAUGUCCUUACCUCUUCGUUGGAAGAUGAACGGGAUCGUCAGCCACGUGUCACGCAUUUGUUUGAUGUGCAUUCACUGGAGCAACCAGAAAUAACCCAAAAGCAAAUAAGCUGCCGAACAAGAGGAUCUCUUCCUCCUAUGUCAAAUCACUGGAAGUCUCAGCAUCCUUUUCAUGGAAGGCUGACGAGCAACAUGGUUUGCAAACACUGUGAACACCAGAGUCCUGUGAGGUACGAUACGUUUGACAGUCUCUCACUGAGUAUUCCAGCCGCUAUGUGGGGUCAUCCUAUGACACUGGAUCACUGCCUCCAUCACUUCAUCUCCUCUGAAUCUGUGAAGGAUGUUGUGUGUGACAACUGCACUAAAAUUCAGGCAGAAGGGACUCUGAAUGGACAGAGCAUAGAAAACCAGAGAACAACAUUUGUUAAGCAAUUAAAGCUAGGGAAGCUCCCUCAGUGUUUGUGUAUCCAUCUGCAAAGACUGAGCUGGUCAAACCAAGGUACUCCUCUGAAACGUCAUGAACACGUACAGUUCAAUGAGUUCUUAAUCAUGGACAUCUACAAAUAUCACAUUCCUGUUCAUAAAUCAACUCAGAAUGAUCUGAAUCAGAAAAGCUCUGAAGAGACAAAACCUGGAACAAAGGAUGGGAUAGCAGUAAAACCUUCAGAUGCAGAACAGACGCGUGGUACCAAAUCGCUCCUUAUGAAUGGGGCCUGCUCCUCUUCAUUUCUAAUGUCCCCGGGAACUUUUCCACUCACUGCAUUCCCUGAAUGCAGUCCCCCCGUGUACCUUUACCGGCUGAUGGCAGUAGUUGUGCACCAUGGAGACAUGCAUUCCGGACACUUUGUGACUUAUCGCCGCUCUCCGCCUUCUUCAAAGAACCCGCUCUCUGUCAGCAAUCAGUGGUUAUGGAUUUCAGAUGAUACGGUUCGCAAAGCCAGCUUGCAGGAGGUCCUUUCCUCUAGCGCUUACCUGCUGUUCUAUGAGCGCGUGCACUCAAGGGUACAGCACCAGAGUUUGGAGUUGAGGCCUGAAGAGUGAUUAAGAGAAGCUGGAAGAGGACAAAAACUGACCAGAUCCACGGUUGCACCUCCCGUCUGUUAUGCAAAUAAUCCACCACAGGCCCUUUAACUUUCCCCUCCCUCUAUGGCAGCAGCUGGCUCUUGCUGGGAGUAGUUUUGUACCAAAAUUAUGCUACCCAAAGUUGGUCUGCUAACAUCGUGCAGUCCAAAAGUGUCUUUGUAUCAGAUAAGCAUCUAUUCUGUUCAGUAGUAAUUCUGUCAGUAUCACAGCUCUGAGAGACAUCUCAAAACUGACUUUCCGAGGCUGCUUUCCAUAUCCUGAACACAUGUAUGUUUUCAAGGGGAGAUGUGGAAUCCUAUAUGCUUCACUGCAGAUGUUUCUGAACAAGCCCCUAAAGCAGUUGUUGGGAAGCUACUGUUAUCAAAGGCAAUGAUUGAAGAAACAAAGUGCCUUGAGUUUAUUCGAAUCGAUUACCAUUGUCUGAGUCCACUGCAUGCCAGCUGUGUUCUGAUGGGUGUUCAAGAUGAUGGGAUGAACAGAAUGGCAGCAGAUAUCUCUUGAUAUCCCAGCCAGUGAAGAAAACAAGGCCUCCUUACUUAACAUGCAUGACCCGAACAAUUCCCUUCCCUCUCCACUGUUUUCCUAAGAGUUCAGUUCUUUAUAUACCAUGGAAGAUUCAGACAGCAGUUUCCUUUUUCCAGGUCUUUUAUCAGUUUAGAGCUGAUACCCUGACUUGUUGCUCCAUAUCUUUGCACUACAGGUGAAAUGAAGACAGAAGUGUUUGCUAGCUGUCAAUACUGUCAUUUUCUUGGUCACUCUGAAACUGUUGAAUACUAAUGCUUGUAGUAUGGACUACAGCUUUUAAUACCAUUAACUUCAAGGCUACUGUAAUUGGUGUUCUAGAUGUGCCCUUCCUAUUUUAAUGCUAAAACCUGUCAUUUGUCUUCAGCCUUCUUGGAUCUAUGUUGUCAGGCUUGCAGCUGAGCAUUAGAGCUUAUAAUGGUUGUGACUGUGAGCUGAGAUAAACAGCAACCCAAGGGUCCUUGUAAAAUUAGAGCAUAGAGAAUUGAAUCUGGACCGAUGGGCACUUGUUUGGUAAGGCAGUCUGGAAAUCCUGGUGUCACUGCAUCAGACACACAGAUUUCCAUACAAAUAGAAACUGUACUUUGCUGCUCUGGAUUGUUUAAUGUGUUCAAUAUAAGAUCUCAAAGCACGGAUGGAGAAGGAAAAACUACUUUUGACUGCUUUUAAAUUAUCAGGAAUAAAAUAUGUAUUUUUAGCUCUUUUCUAUAAUUGUAACUGGGAGGAAAAAAAUCCUCAAACUGGAUUUUUUGGUGUAAAACAGCAACUAAGUUUUCAAAUCAUAACUGUCUUCAUAGCUUUUUUUAGGUGACUUUGUACCUCAUUUAUUCAUAUCACUGCCUGAAGCUCGCAGGCGUGCAGAGAUCCUUAAUGAAGUCUCAGAACCAGCUGAAAUAAUAAUAGAUGUAUAUGAGAAUGUUUACUACACUCACAUUGUUCCAAAGUAAUACAUAAAACACUCUAUAAAUCAACAGAGAUAGCAAGUAGUGAGAAGCCUCCCUGUCCAGGCUGGGCUAUUGGUAGCAUGGUUUUAACUUUUCUAUGUUAAGUUAGGGAAUAAAAACAAAGAGGGGGGAAAAAAAAAGGUUGGAAAAUGCCAGCAAUGUCCUGGCCAACGAGGUAAAAUCUAAGACUUGCAGAAGUUGAGAGGAAAUUCCCUGUUCUGGACAGCAUGGGAGUGCAGGAGCUCCAUAAAGGAGCUAUAAUUCCAGCAGGGCUAUAAUUUGCACCUGAAAGCUUCCAAACAUUUCCACUACCCAACAGUGUGUGCUCUGCAAAGCCUGUUCUCAGUUAGGGGCUGUUAAAGGGUUUUGUGAAGUUCAUCUUCAGGGCAUUGUGUGUAGGAAGCAGUAAUGCUGGAGGUGUGUCAGAACAUGCACAAACAACUGGCUAACAGUCUUAAACUGGUCAGCUUCUAACAGUGACAUUAAGCCCCAAAACAAUGCUAACUUGCAUGUUCGGUACUUUGCAUAGAGCUGCUUUCUGUUGGGUCAGUUAGAUUAGCGUGACAUUGAUAACCUGCUCACGUUCACUCUGAAACCUUCCUGAAAGGCUGCACAGGUGAGGGCUGAACAGUCAGCAUUUAUUGUAGCUUUUACUGCUGGGAAGGAGCAGGCAGCCUUGGUUUAACCCUCAGUGUGAGGAAGGAAGCAAGUGACAGAACCUCAGGCCCACUCCUAUGCUAGAUACUCAGCCUACUGUGAGCUCAAAGGCCUCUGCAUAUAUUUGCCAUCUUUACCUUUUGAAGUCACUGGGCUUCAUCCAAUAUUGUUCCUUGUUACAAGCUUUCAUGAUAGAAAAGGUGUUAAUAAAAUGCAGGUGGUUACAAAACAUCAGAUUAAACCUCUGGGAUGACAUCUGUGUGUUUGGAUAAUUCUCGUUUUAUUUUGUGUGUUAUUUAAAGAAGUGUGAUGUUAAGUCACAGCACUGCACUGCUGUCUGAAGUUGCAUUUUCACUUCAGGGUAUUUUUGUAACUGUACAGUAGCAAUAAAAGAACAAGCUUAAUAGAAAAAGUAA